AUGAUCAUGUGGAGCAACACGACGCUCGUCCCCCUGUCUGUUCACUUUGACAGCCCGGGGGACUAUUUCCUUUUCAUUUUUCACAUCUUGGCCGGCCUCAGCACCGUGCUAGUGGCCGGUUCCGUAGCAUGUGCCAUCAUUAGCACCCGUGCGCUUUUGAGACAAAAUCGGUUUAUAUUCAUGCUGAACACGAGCAUUUGUGACACAAUGACCGGCUGUGGCAUUUUCUAUCAGUUCCUCUUCGAUGUGCGGGUGGGCUUCCCGUCUAAAAACGGGACUUAUUACAUUUUACCAUCCCUGCUCGGAGUUAACAUCGUUACGUUUCUAUUCGCCCAGUUUGACCGGUAUUUCGCCGUGUGUCGUCCGUUCUUUUACGCCCGUUUUAUCAACACGAGGGUGGUCAUAUGCGUCAACGUGUACAGCUGGGUGCACGUUUACGGUCAGCUGCUCAUUCAGCACCUGGUGCCGCUUUCCAAGGCCAUCGAGAUCGCGACGUACAGCAGAAUCAGUCUGAUGCUGAUUAUUGUCACCAAAAUAACCAUGACGGCCAAGCUGCUCGUCGUGACGAGGUACCAGCUGCUGAGAGAGCCGCAAAGCGCGGAGAGGGACAGCAAGAGAGAGUCCCUGCUGACCGUAGUGGUGGUGGUCGUGUUUUUCCUGCUGCUGUGGGGCCCCGCCAUGCUCUACACGGUCCUGUCCUCGCUGACGGGGAAAUAUUUCGUCCCGAAAAACGACGCCGUAAACCCCAUGAAAAUUCUAUCCAGGAGCAACGCCCUGUGCACGCCGUCCCUCUACCUGUACGCGAGCCCCUCGCUCAGGACGGCCGCGUGGAGAACUGUGUGGAGCAAAACCUGCUGCUGCAAACAUCCCAGAAGGUCGGUGGACCGAUGA